UUUUUAUUUUUAAAUGAGAUAAACUUCAGUAAUCAAAUUUUUGUGUAAGACGCAUGUUUGUUACUCAGCCAUAUCAGAACAUUAAUUAAAAGCUAAAUUUCUACCCAAAAAAAAAAAAAGGAAAGUAAAAGCUUAGGAAAAAAUACAUACACGGUUUGUAAAUUAAGAAAAAACAACCCAAAUUAUAAAUGACUGACGAUAUCAAAUUCCAAUAUUAUUAGAUUUUCUACUGAAGAUAUAUAUACCAUCAAUGUAGUAGUGCCUCUAUUAUAAAUACAUGAAUGAAUUAAUUCUAGAACCUAAAACCCAUAUAAUCGAUCAAAUUGUAUUUCCCAAUAUUUUUUCUUGAUCGUUCUCGCCAUUAUGACUUCGUCCUUCACACACGAAAUCAAGCACACUCCAAUACCCGAAGAUGUUGGCAAAAUCAAAAUCAGUGUUGAUACAACCAAAAUAUAUCAAAGUAUCAGCAAUUGGGACCUCUAUCAAGAACAAAAAGAAUUCUCGUGUAUCCCGGUUUCUUUACGUGAAUGUAUUGACGUAGAAGUUACCGAAUUCUUGACGCGAUCAGGAGAAAUCACUCCUAUAGAUGCUUACAAUGUGUUACUAGACUUGUUUCGAUUUAUCGAUGAAGUAACUUCUUCUGAUGAAUAUACUCCAGGUUGUGCUUUAAGAGUGUUGAUGACUCUUACUAUCGGUAUUCCUUAUGAAAAAAUUGAAGACGUUCUAGGUUCAGAGGAUGAGCAUUAUGUUAUCUUUGAAUUUGAUCAUCAAACUGAAGAAGCAGCUCGACCUCAAGUUGAAGAUGUUGUUCAAGACUCGUUCAAUGAGACCGUUGAAGAAGAGGUUCUAGGUUUAGAGAAUGAGGGAGAUGUUAUUUUUGACUCUGAUCAUUUAACUGAAGAUGCAGCUCGAUCUCAGUUUGUAGAAGUCUUUCGAAUCUCAUUAAAUGAGAUUAGUGAAGAAGAAGAUCUAGGUUUGGAGGAUGAACACGAUGUUAACUUGUCCUAUGAAGAAGCAGCUCUAUCUUACCUUGAAGAAGUUGUUCAAGUCUCGCACAAUGAGACCGUUGGAGAAAAUGUUCUAGGUUUAGAGGAUGAGCUAUAUCAUCAAAUUGAAGAAGAAGCUCGAUCUCUUUCAGAAAUUUCUCGAUUCUCGCUCAGUGAGACCAUUGAAGAAGAGACUAUAGGUUAUGAGGAUGAUUACGAUGCUAACUUUUCCCAUGAAGAAGCAACUCCAUCUCAGCUUGGAGAAUUUGUUCCAUUCUACGGGCUGUCACGCUUAUUGGUUCAUCACGAUGCUAGCUUUGACUUUGAUCAUCAAACUGAGGAAGCAUUUCGUUCUCGGAUUGCAGAAGUUUCUCGAGUUUCGUUCAAUGAGACCAAUACUGUCAGGUUAAAACCUGCGAGCAAGUUCGUUGUCGGAUCUUUGAAUAGGAAAAUAUACAAGAAGGCUAGAGAUGUCGUCGUUGAGAAUGCCAUGUGCACUAUUUGUUUGGAAGAGUUUGAUGACGGAAGGAGUAUUGUGACUUUACCGUGUGGACACGAGUUUGACGAGGAGUGUAUUGAAGAGUGGUUUGUGAGAAAUCAUAUAUGUCCAUUGUGUCGUUUUGAGUUGCCACAUGAAAGAUGAAGGGGACCGAAAAGGUUACUAAAUUUUGAAUAAAAGAUUUGUGCAAUAUCAUAGUAUUUUUUUAUUAAAUCCUUUUCUAUGGUUCUACACUAUAUGCUCUUGAUUCAAUUUAUAGUGUUGGACUCUCAUUCAAAAAUCAUAAUUAUAUUGAUCAUACUCAAUUAUUAUAGUGUGAUUUCACGAUUUUACGGUUCUUUGUUAAUCUUUAAACGUUUUUAUUUGUUUCA